AUGGCUUCUCUGGAUCAGUCCAGGAGGUUAACUGCAGUUUUUCUGCUCGUUUCUCUGAGCUUCUCUUUUCAAGGUGCACACUGCAAACUGGUGGUUGCUCCUGUGGGCUCCACGUCGGUGAAUGCAAGAGCCGGCACCAAUGUGACUCUGGCUGUCCUCUUCGGGGGGGCCCCUGACCCAGUGGUCACCUGGUCUAAAGGAGCCUUGCCUGUCCUCACGUGGACCAUCGGCUCCGGUGCUGCAGCAGACAUCGCCGAAGGAUUCAAGGAGGUGCUGAAGAUCGAGAAGGAUGGAUCUCUUACCUUCGUGAAUGUGCUGCUCGACCACGCAGGGAACUACACCAUGGAUCUGACCAAGUCUGGGCUGAGUAAAGCUGAGACCGCUUUCACUCUGAAGGUGUUUGAAAACUUCCAGAAUGUGGAGCUGACCGUGCAGCCUGAUUUACUCAAAGAGGGACUGGACCCCUUCCUCCUGCAGUACAGAGUGUUGAGAGGAGAGGUGGAGCAGCAGAGGUGGUUGUUCAACGGCACGGAGAUAAAGACCAGCUCCCACUACACGGUGAAGGCCAGGAGCCUGGAGAUCCUCCACCCGAACCGGAACGACACAGGCCGGUACACAGUGGUGCUGACGAACCCCCUGAGCCGCGUGGAAGCUCACCGGGACAUCACCGUGCUGUAUGGACCAGACGAGCCCAGACUCGAGGCCCGUCCAGCGAAGCCUUUCUAUCUACCCGGGGAGUCUCUGAGCCUUGUGUGCCAGGCGGGUGGAUCCCCCCGGCCCACCGCUGCGUGGGUCUCUGGUGAUCUGACCUUCCCCGACUCCCAAGAUGGAGUCCUGAAUCGAACGAAUGUACAGAUCAGCCAAGGAGGCGUUUAUACCUGCAAGUUGACCAAUCAGCAGACGAAAGAACAACGGCAGAAGAGCAUGAUUUUAAAUGUUUAUGAGAAGCCGCCGGGCGACCCGAUGUGUUCCGUGCAGUCGGUGAAUGUGAACGCUGCCCUGCAGUAUCACUGUCAGUGGCCGGGGGGGACGCCACUGGCUCAGCUCUCUUUCCCAGAACUGAGCAACAGCAGUGGAGCUGGAAACUUCAGCUUGACCGUCACCGCCUUGGCCAACUUAAGCUGGAAAACUGUCACAUGCAUGGCGGCCCACCCAGUUGAACAGAAUAAGUGCAAUAUUACCGCAAGUCGUCCUGUGGAGUUCCUCCCAACCGUGAGAAUCUCAGUCGACUCUCAGGGCAAAAUAGUGGUGUCUCUGCACUGUGUGAGCGACGCCUCGCCUCAGGCUGUGGUGUCGUGGUCCAGAGGCAGCCAGGCCGUCGCCACCGGGGCGACGCACCAGAUCAACAGUGACACCACACAGCUCCAGAUCCGAGGCUACAAUGUCAGCGACUUUGUCCGGCAGAAAUACAGCUGCACGAGCCGCAACCCCCUGGGCAGCCAGAGGAGGGAAAUACAGUUGCUAGGACCGACGAUCUCAGAUUUCAGUUUGUUCCCGAAUCCCGAAGGAACCGUCGUUACGUUGACCUGGGAGGUCCCGCCCACCUCCGUCGUCACAGGCUUCGACAUACAAGUGAAGGGACCGAACCUCCCGAGCGAAAAGCGUAAUGGCUCCGAAUCGAGAGGCGCCUCGGACGGAUAUCGAACCAUCCAGCAGAAACCCGGCUCGGCUCGGAGCACGGACGUCUUGGCCCUAGAUCCAAACUUGUCGUACCGGUUUCGAGUCAUCCCCCGAGCUCGUACGACGGAGGGGCAGCCGUCCGAGGUCCACCGACUCGGCCCAGAUGAAGGGCUGAGUGGUCCGGCCAUCGCUGGGAUCGCAGCUGGAAUCCCCUGCAGCAUUCUCUUCCUGGUUCUGAUGGGCGGCGCCAUCUACCUGUGCGUCAACUGGAACAAGAACAAAAGUCGGCAGGCGAGAUACCCGGUGUCCAGAGCCGUCGAGAAGGUCAUAACAACCCAGUCAGAGAUGACUCCGCACCACCUGCUGGCCGGAGGACUGAAGUCUCCCCCUGAUUACAACAAACUACAGCAGACUCCCUCCGAACGAUCGGUGGCCCUCCCCACAUUCGUCCCCCCCCCGCCCGUCAGAGUCGCCACAACUGUCUGA